AUGAACGUUUGCAGUUCUCGAUAUUGUCAAUAUAAUUUAACAUCGACUUAAAUGGUUCCAAUACCAAAAUAUAGAGUUUAUUGUCCCUUUUGUAAACAGGCUUAUUAUUGUUCGUAAAGAUGCAGAGAUAUUGAUUGGUAAAAUUGAAUUAUUAUUUAAGGACAUCUGGACAUAAAAAUCAAUGUAUUCCUUAAAACAUGUUAAAUUCAUAAGAAAUAGCUUAUAGUGAUAAAGUAUCAACCCUAAGAUAAAUGAAAAGAACUCCAGAAGAGUUUGAACUUAUAUAUGAUUAUCCAUAACUUGGUAAAGGUAGUUUUGGAGCAGUUAGGUUAGUCAAAGAUAGAACUAAUGGAUAGUUGCAUGCUAUGAAGAUUGUACAUAUGAUUAUUCAAUUUUAGAUGUAUAAAAAAGAGAUUUUUGAAUAUUGUUCAAUUGAAAACUUGAAAAGAGAGAUACGAAUACAAAGGAAAUUGAAUCAUCCAAAUAUUACUUAAUUAUUCCAUUAUUUUGAAGAUAAGGAUAAAGUUUAUCUUAUUUUAGAGUAUGCAGAACAUGGCUCCCUCUUUUAAUUAUUAACAAAAAAAGGAAAAUUAUAAGAAAACGAAGCAUUAAAGUUUUUUAAGUAAACUUGUUUAGGAAUAGAUUAUUUGCAUCAACAAAAUAUUAUUCACAGAGAUCUCAAAGUAAGUCUUUUUAAAUAAUAUGUAGCCUGAAAAUAUAUUAUUAGAUGUAGCAGAUAAUGUCAAGAUUUGUGAUUUUGGUUGGUCAGCUGAAAAUCUAGGUUCAAAAAAAAGAAAUACAUUCUGUGGAACAAUAGAUUAUAUGGCUCCUGAAAUGAUUGAAGAUAGACCUCAUGAUCAUACUCUAGAUAUAUGGUGUUUAGGCAUUUUAUUAUAUGAAUUAUUACAUGGUGAAGCACCAUUCAAAGGGAAGAAUGAUAUUGAAAGAUGUAAUAAUAUUGUUAAGAUCAAUUACUAAAUUUCUGAUAAUUGUUUGAGUUCGGAUGUUAAAAAUCUAAUUACUGGUCUAAUUAAAUAUUAAUAAAAAGAUAGAUUGACGAUGAAAUAGAUCCUAAAUCAUGCAUGGCUCAAUAAAAAUGAAUUUGAAUUGGAUUAGUUACCAACCUCAUAAAAUAGAGUCAGAGUCUAUGGAAAUACUUUACAUUAAGAAAAUUAAUAUUUCUCUAAAUCUACAGCUACUUCUCAACAAUCUUUCAUGAGGUAAAAUAUAAUACUCUAAACACAAACUGAACAAUCUAUUUAAGAUUACAAAUAGUAAUAUCGACGGAGCAGACAUUCUGAUUCAUAAAAAAAAGAAAUAAGAGCAUACACAACAAAGUAAAAAAAAGAAACCUUUAUGCACAAGUUGCUGAUUGCUUUAGGCUGUGUUAAAAGAGAAUCCUAUACUGAUGCAAAUUUCAAAGAUACUUAAAAAUAAUGA